UUAAACCCACAGGUGUCUGAGGAGGUGAGAGAGGUCAGAGGGUAAAGGCUAAAGGUCAUUUCAAGAUGAGUGAGCUCGAGCAGCUUCGUCAGGAGGCUGAGCAACUGCGCAAUCAGAUCAGAGAUGCCAGGAAAGCAUGCGGAGACUCCACACUUACACAGAUAACAGCAGGUCUGGACCCAGUGGGGAGGAUACAGAUGAGGACGAGGCGCACACUGCGGGGCCAUUUGGCGAAAAUCUACGCCAUGCACUGGGGCACAGACUCCAGGCUUCUUGUUAGUGCCUCACAGGAUGGAAAACUCAUCAUCUGGGACAGUUAUACUACAAACAAGAUUCAUGCCAUCCCGCUGCGGUCCUCAUGGGUGAUGACAUGUGCAUAUGCGCCAUCCGGGAACUUUGUGGCCUGUGGUGGACUGGACAACAUUUGCUCCAUAUACAGCCUGAAGACGAGAGAGGGCAAUGUGAGAGUGAGCCGAGAGCUGCCUGGACACACAGGUUACCUUUCCUGUUGCCGUUUCAUAGAUGACAAUCAGAUUAUCACCAGUUCAGGAGACACAACCUGUGCUCUGUGGGACAUUGAGACAGGUCAGCAGACCACGCUGUUCUCUGGCCACAGUGGAGAUGUCAUGAGUCUCUCUCUUGCUCCAGACUCUCGAACCUUCAUCUCCGGGGCCUGCGAUGCCUCCAUUAAACUCUGGGACAUCAGAGACAGCAUGUGCAGACAGACCUUCACCGGCCACGAGUCCGACAUCAACGCCGCCUGCUUCUUCCCCAGCGGCAGUGCUUUUGCGACGGGUUCGGAUGACGCCACCUGCAGGCUGUUUGACCUGCGUGCGGAUCAGGAGCUGUGUUUGUACUCUCACGAUAAUAUCAUCUGUGGCAUCACCUCUGUGGCCUUCUCUCGCUCCGGACGCCUGCUGCUCGCCGGAUACGACGACUUCAAUUGCAACAUCUGGGAUGCCAUGAAGGGAGAGCGAGCAGGAGUGCUGGCUGGCCAUGACAAUCGUGUGAGCUGUCUGGGAGUAACAGAUGAUGGCAUGGCCGUGUGCACAGGAUCCUGGGACAGUUUCCUGAAGAUCUGGAACUGACCAAACACACACAGUACACAUAAUUCACUCAACACACACUGUAUGUACUUUACACUCACCUACACAGACACACACACACACAUGCCUGAAUACAAACUGUACAUACUAAUAUAAAUAAGGCAACUAGGUAAACAUUUACACCAAUCUUUUCAGUGCCACAUCGCUCCAUACGUACAGUGCCCUCUAUUAAUAUCAGCAUCUUUCAUAAAUAUGAGCAAAGAAGGCUGUGAGGGGGGAAAGAUGCUCAGAUUAUGA